CUAGCUCGUAGCAUUUCAAACGCUCCCCGUUUCAGCACACACAUUUCCCUUACACAUUUAUCAGAAAAUAAUCUUUCUUUUACUAAUAAUAAUCUUUAAUCAAUCUUUUACUUUGCUCGAACAAGAUGACCUCCAUGCUGGAUACGCCGAUAGUGUCAAUCUACGACAUGAUGGUGGAACGUCACCUGAAGAUGCGCCGUGAAUUGAAGGAAGCAGUCAAAGGGGCAUUAAAAGAAAAGUCUCCCAUUCCCGAGGUAAAGAAACGAAUCAUUAAAUCUAAACCCCUACCGAUGAAGUUUCCCUACACUCCGGAACUCGAGUCACCAUCUCCGCCUCCGGCAAAUGCAAUAACUGCCGCACAUUUGACCAAAAAGCAGACUUUCUGGAAAGUCCAGCCGCCCGCGGAGAAGGAGCUGAUCAAGAAGCUGGUCGAGAAGAUCACCAAGGGGCGUGGCAAGUCCAAGCCCGCGACCCCAAAGGAGUGCAAGUCGGGCAGGAAGACCAGUCCCAAGCUGCUGCUCACCCCUCAUCGCAAGAGGAACAUGGCGGGAGCCCCAGGAUUGUAUCGUGGCAAGCCGAAGCUCAGCAAGUCCAACUCCGCUCAGAUGAAGCGCUUGCCCCUUUCUCCAAGAAAGGUGGAGCCCGUACAGAAGAAAGGAGCACCAGUACCGCAGAACAAACCCAUGAAAGUGAAGACCCCCAAGAUUCCGGCUGAGAAGUUGCAAGCGCCAUUGCGUAACCCCAAGUUAUUGGAUACCACUGGCACCGCAGAGGUUCUUAUCCGAAAACGCUGGCGUAUUUAAAAAAGAUAGAUGAUCGAUGGCACACAGUCAAUGCUCCAUUGCUAUUACACAAAUUGUUGCUUAGAAGUCAAAAUAUUUAAUCACAGAUAAGAUUAGAUGUAUUCCGCCUUAUCCCAAUGGCGAUCUAAAUUCAAAAUGUACUUCAGUAUGCGGUUUUAUCUAGUUUAUAUACCUGAAUAAAAAUUACUACAAAUAAAUGGUAAUUCAGCGGUUGGUAGCUGACACAGGAAA